AUGCAGGGACGCAAGAAGCCUGUGGUGUUGCUGAGUGGACCACACGAGGGUAGUGAUGCUGAGCAGCACGCGGGUGACGGGAGCUGCAGCACAGCGCAGAACCACUGGUCCAGUUGA